AUGUCUACUACGACAACAACAACAUCAACAAGCGGGGCAGUAGUUGAUCCUGCACCAACAACAUCAACUACAUCAUCAUCUAAACAACAUAGUAGUAUACCAAAGGCAAAGGAUCAAAAGUUUCAUAAACAACCACCCAAGUCAACAACAACCAGAGGAGAUAGAGAUCAUUCAACAGUUGAGCCAAAAGGACCAAAGCCACAAAAGGAGUCCACACAACCAAAAGAGCCAAAGGACAAUCUGAGUACUCCCAAGGCUGCCAAGGCCCCUUCCACACCAAAGGAGCCAAGAACACCUGCAAAGCAAGAGCAACAACAACAACCACAUGAUGGAGUUGUAGCUGAGCGCAAAAUGUGUACAUACCAUGAACAUGAGGCCCUGUGGGGAACCAAUCCAAUGUUACCAUCCAAUGAGUUCUCAAAGCUAACUUCAAGUAUAUGUGAUAAGUGCUAUAAGAAGCGACAAUCAGACAAGAAUAAGCUGAAAAGGCAAGAGAAGCAAGAGAAGCAGAAGCAACAACAACCACAAGAUGUCAAUGACAAGCCACUACCAAAGACUCGCAAGGAGAGGGCUCCAAAGCUCCCAGCACCAAUGCAUGCAUUCAAUCCCCAUCCUCAUGUUGCGCAUCCACAUGCUCACCCACAUCCAAUGGCUCACCAACAUCAACAUGAACAACAUCAUCCACACGGUCAACACCAGCGUGAUCAACAUCCACGUGUACAUCAACCUCCAAUGCAUCAAUAUCAUCAAGAGAAGAUUGUGAUCAUCAACGAGUUGCAACCCGAACAGUUUCCACAAGCACACCCACCUCAUCAUCGUGCCCCUGCUCAUAUCCAUCAUGCCCCUGCCCACGCUCCCCAAGGCCCGCAUGCCCCUCAUGCCCCUCGCCAUCAGGCCCCUGCACAUCCACCUCAAUAUCGGGCCGCCUCUGCUCCUGCCCAUCAUGCACCUGCUCAUGCACCUGCUCAUGUACCUGCUCAUGCUCAUCAUGUCCCCGCUCACGCCCCUGCUCCCCACCAUGAGGAUGGCGACAAGGUAGACAAGAGGAGAGACAAUAAGAAGGACAAAAAUGACAAGAAGGAGAAGAAGGAGAAGGAACAUAAGCCACAAAAGGAAGGACAAGAGAAGAGUGCCACCAAGAACAGAUCUGGAAAGAAAGAGAAGGGCGACAAGAAGCAGGGUGGUGAGGCCAAACUGAUCUCUGGCGUCAAGAAGGAGAGGUCGAAGCGUGUCAUGUUCCAAGCAUACGUCUCAGAGGAAGACGUUCGCAAGGGACUCCAAGAGAAACGCUACUUCUAUGGCCAGCUGCGUGUGAAUGCUAAGAAGUACUACGACGCCUACAUCACUGUGGACGGUGUCGACGGCGAUGCCUACUGUGAGGGUCUCAAGUACAGGAACAGAGCAUUCAACUCGGACAUUGUGGUGUUUGAGAUGGUGCGCGAGUCAGAGUGGAAGUCCAAGGCCAACAACAAGGACGAUGACGACGAAGUCGAGAAGGCCACGAUCAAGGACACGACAGACAUGGGUGGUCGCGAUCAGGGAACAAUCUUAUUGUCAUCAUCACUCUCAAAGUUGCAGAUCAAGGAGAAGGAAGCACUGGAGUCGAUGUACUCAAAGAAUGUCGACAGUGAUUGCGAGGAUGAGGGCAGCGAUGUGUCAGAGGACACUCCCACACCAAUCAAGAUCGAGAUUGAGGGUGAUGAUGAUGAUGACAUGGAUGAGGACUUUGUCAUUGUCCCCACAACCACUACCACCUCUACUACCUCUGGCAGCAACAAUAACAAUGUGCCCAAGUUGAGUAAGAAGAGGACUGCUGGCCCUACACCAGUGAAGAACAUGAUCCAGGACAUCAAGUACUUCCAAUCACUCGUUCACAAGGCCAAUGAUAAGAACCUGUACGUGUCCUGCAGGAUCGUUCACAUCCUUGACUGCAGACACUCAAGGAAUCAUGUUGGAAUCCUUACAGACCAAGACAAUGCUACCUUUGCCAACUUCACACCAAUGGAUAGCGCGUUGCCAAGAUGUCUGGUCUUCAAGGAGACCAUCCCUGAGUUCAGAUCCAAGCCAGAGAUGUACAAGAACAUGCUGAUCUCAGUGAGCUAUGGCCAAUGGAAGGAGACAUCCUACCUCCCAAUUGGUCACUUCCACUCUGUGUUUGGAGAGUGUGGAGAGAUUGAGCCAGAGACACGUGCCUUGCUCAAGGAGUACAAUGUCGACACGUCGGCAUUCUCGCGUGAGGUCAUGGACUGUCUGCCCCAGGUUCCCAAAGGCACCUCUUGGAACAUCUCCCAAGAGGAGAUCGCCAAGAGACGCGAUCUUCGUGGCCAGAUCAUCGUGUCGAUCGAUCCCGACACUGCUAAGGAUCUGGACGAUGCCCUCUCCUGUGUGCCACUGCCAGACGGCAACUUUGAGGUCGGUGUGCACAUUGCCGAUGUGUCCCACUUUGUGAAGCCACACACUGCCCUGGACGCAUGCGCUGCUGACCGCGCCACAACCGUGUACCUGGUCCAAAAGGCCAUCCCAAUGCUGCCAUCACUGUUGUGUGAGGAGUUGUGCUCGCUCAACUAUGGCGUGGAACGUUUCGCCUUCUCUGUCAUCUGGACACUGACACCCGAGGGCAAGGUGAUCAACGAAUGGUUUGGCAAGUCUGUGAUCAAGUCUGCGUGCAGACUGACCUAUCGUGUGGCCCAAGCCAUUAUCGACGGCAAGUUCCAAACAUCGUGGAAGGAUGGGCUGGCACCAGAGCAGAUCAAGUCUCUGCUCGGUCCUGACACUCCACAACAUGUGCAGGCGGUCAUCAGCUCAGUGAUGGGACUGCGCGAGAUUGCCAAGCACCUUCGCCAGGCCAGAAUGGACAGCGGUGCGUUCAACAUCCAUCCAACCAAGCUUGCCUUUGAGCUGGACGAGAAGGGCAACCCAGUCUCAACCAGGAUCUACCAGAUAUUCGAGUCCAACCAUCUGGUGGAGGAGUUCAUGUUGAUGGCCAACAUGCAGGUGGCCUCGCGCAUUGCCAAGUACUUCCCAGAGAACGCACUGCUCAGACGCCAUCCCGAUCCCAACCCAAGAAAGCUGCAACAGUUCAUCGACUUUUGUACGAGCCACGACUACCCAAUCGACUCGUCCACAGUCGAGACAUUUGGCGCGUCGAUCCUGGCGCUCAAGGAGAAGGUCACGGACAAGAACAUCUUCUCGGCCAUCCAACUGCUCUCUAUCCGCUCCAUGCGUCUGGCCGAGUACUUCUGUACUGGCACUGAGGAUGAGUGGCGCCAUUAUGCCCUCAACGUGGAUCACUACACUCAUUUCACCUCACCAAUCAGACGUUAUGCAGAUAUCAUCGUCCAUCGACUUUUGGAGUUGUCGAUUGAGGUCGAGCGACUGGGCGAGCAAGGCGACCACUCUCGCGUCCUUGACCAACUGCCCGAGACUGAAGCCGUGGCCAAGAUCUCGCUACAAUGCAAUGAGAAGAAGCUCAAUGCUAGAAAGGCCCAGGAGCGCAGUGACAAGGUAUUCCUGUGCAUCCUGCUGCAGCAGAAACUCAACGUCACCGACGCCAUCGUACUUAGCACAGGCCCGACGUUCAUCUCGGUGAUCGUACCAAUGUUUGGCAGCGAGCAGCGCAUCUAUCUCGAGGAUCACAAGGAGGACAAGUUGAUAAUCUCACACAGCUUCGAGAAGGAGACCGAGAGCAAUGAGAUCGUGUGGCCUGGCAUUGAAGAAGGUGACGAGCCCAUCAAGCAGCAGUAUCGUCAGCUCACAACGGUCAAGGUGAUGAUCACUGUGGACAAGUCCAAGUUCCCAAUCGACACCAAGUGCACAUUGUUGCAUCCACUCUAUGUCGAGACACAACAAUCCAAUAACUAA